GAUUCGAACCCCCCCUCUCUCCUCUCUUGCUCCCUACAGAUUCCUUUGUGAACAGCCAGGAGUGGACGCUAAGUCGUUCCGUCCCGGAGCUCAAAGUCGGGAUUGUGGGUAACCUGUCCAGCGGGAAGUCGGCCUUGGUGCACCGCUAUCUCACCGGCACCUACGUGCAGGAGGAGUCCCCGGAAGGAGGCCGAUUCAAGAAGGAGAUCGUGGUCGACGGACAGAGUUACCUGUUGCUGAUUCGCGAUGAAGGCGGACCCCCCGAAUUGCAGUUUGCCGCCUGGGUGGAUGCGGUGGUCUUCGUCUUCAGCCUGGAGGACGAGAUCAGCUUCCAGACGGUCUACAACUAUUACCUGCGGCUCUGCAGUUACCGCAACACCAUGGAGGUGCCCAUGGUCCUCGUUGGCACCCAAGACGCCAUCAGCGCCACCAACCCCCGGGUGAUCGACGACUCCCGCGCCCGCAAGCUCUCCAACGACCUGAAGCGUUGUACCUACUAUGAGACAUGCGCUACCUACGGGCUGAAUGUGGAGCGCGUCUUCCAGGACGUAGCCCAAAAAGUGGUGGCCCUGCGGAAGAAGCAACAGCUGUCCAUCGGGCCGUGCAAGUCGUUGCCGAAUUCGCCCAGCCACUCCUCUGUCUCGGCCGCUUCCGUGCCCACCGUCCACAUCAACCAGGCCGCCAACGGGGGUGGGGCCUUCAGCGACUACUCCUCCUCGGUCCCGUCCACGCCCAGCAUCGGCCAGCGGGAGCUGCGGAUCGAGACCAUCGCGGCCUCCAACACCCCCACCCCCAUCCGUAAGCAGUCCAAGCGCCGGUCCAACAUCUUCACAUCUCGGAAAGGCCCCGAAAUCGAUCGGAAACCCCCCGAGAGUAAGGCGGACAUGAUUGGCAGUGGGCGGGCCAUCCCCAUUAAGCAGGGCGUCCUCCUGAAACGCAGCGGGAAGUCCCUCAACAAGGAGUGGAAGAAGAAGUACGUCACGCUCUGCGACAACGGCGUCCUGACCUACCACCCGAGCCUUCACACCGACCGCGGCGGUCCGGUCUCUCCUUGGAUUGACGCUCCCGUAAUGUCCGAAGAGGAACGUUCGGCUCCAAACGCCGAGCACCCCGGUACUCCUCACUCCGCCAGCACCACCUCUCUCCACUCGGAGCGCUCCGGCAGCGGCACCAACCUGGGCGCCUUCAUCUUGAAGCCGGAAGGCAGCGGCAUUCACCAGCGGUCCUACUCGGUCUCCAGCGCCGACCAGUGGAGCGAAGCGGUGGCCACACCCGGCGCGGCCAAUGGCACCGGCGAGUCCCUCACGUCCAGCCCCAACGUCUCCAGCACCGCCAGCCCCAAGCUGGAGCCGCCGCCUUCCCCUCAUGCCAACCGGAAGAAACACCGUCGGAAAAAAAGCACCGGGACGGGACGGCCCGACGGGGCCGGCAGCGUGGCGGAAG